UGUAUUUCAUCUAGUAUUUUCAAAACAAAGCAGCAAUUCUUCUUCUCUUUAUCGAUCCUUUUCACUCUGUGCAAAAACCAGAGAAAUAGGAAAGGAUUGUUCGUGUAUGUAUGUGUGUAUAUAUAUUCAACCUCAGGAUCUUCAGUUUCAGUUCAAUUGAUUAAUUUGCAAUUGUCCUGUUGAAAACUGUAAAUCUUGACGCCAAUUCUUCGAUUCCGCAUUGGCAAGAUUUUGAGGUGGUUUCGGGAAUAAGAAAAGAGUGGAAUUCAGCUGGCAGAUUUAUAUUUUUUUUGCCGAAUUACUCAGUUAUAGGGUGGCAUUUGGCUAUUUUGGUUGGAGAAUUUAUUUUUAAAGUGAGGGUGUGAGGAAGGAAGAAAAGUUUUGUCAUAAAAAGUGCAUAAUGGCAGAUGCUGCAGCUCUAAUAGAGGCUUCGGGUUCAAGAUUUAGCAACUUAGAGCUAAUUGGAAGAGGUUCUUUUGGAGACGUCUAUAAAGGGUUUGAUAAGGAAUUAAACAAAGAGGUUGCCAUCAAGGUUAUCGAUUUAGAAGAAUCAGAAGACAUCCAAAAGGAAAUUGCGGUUCUUUCAGAAUGUAGAUCCCCAUAUAUCACGGAUUAUUAUGGUUCUUAUCUGCAUCAAACGAAGCUGUGGAUAAUAAUGGAAUACAUGGCUGGUGGUUCAGUUGCUGAUUUGAUUCAACCAAAUCAGCCGCUUGAUGAAGCUUCCAUAGCUUCUAUUUUACGUGAUUUGCUCCAUGCAAUUGACUAUCUCCACAGUGAGGGGAAAAUUCAUCGAGAUAUUAAAGCGGCAAACAUUUUGUUGACAGAGAAUGGUGAUGUCAAGGUUGCAGAUUUUGGUGUUUCUGCUCAAUUAACGCGGACAAUCUCUAGAAGGAAGACUUUUGUAGGGACACCUUUCUGGAUGGCUCCAGAAGUAAUUCAGAAUUCUGAAGGAUACAAUGAGAAGGCAGAUAUUUGGUCUCUAGGGAUAACAGUAAUUGAGAUGGCAAAAGGAGAACCUCCCCUGGCCGAUCUCCAUCCUAUGAGGGUGCUUUUCAUCAUUCCGCGAGAGAAUCCACCACAGCUUGACGAGCACUUUUCUCGUCCUAUGAAAGAAUUUGUCUCACUGUGUUUGAAGAAAAAUCCAGCAGAGAGGCCAAGUGCGAAAGAGCUUCUUAAGCAUCGUUUUAUAAGAAAUGCUCGGAAGAGUCCGAAGCUUGUGGAGAGAAUCAGAGAGCGCCCCAAGUUUCAAAUAGAUGGAGAGACAGCUAACAAUGGUCCAACUGCAUUUGGGGAGGCUACCGGAACUGUAAAGGUGGCUAAAGAUUCUGCAGUUGAAGACACGGUCCGAGUCAGUAGUCAAGCAAUGGGUCUGAGAAAUAGUGGAUGGGACUUCAGUAUUGGUGGAUCAACUAGCACUGGAACUGUUCGAAGUGUAGUAAGACCACCUCAGGUGAGAGAUAGGAAGCCCGAGGUCCCAUUAAAUCAGUAUACCACUAAGAAAAUCUUAGACACUGGUACCCAGCGGUCUUCUGCUUCUGGACCAAUGCGUCAUACUUCAUCAGAAUUAUCCACGAGGAAAGAUGCUAACCAUCUAAUAAAGCAAGAAGAUUAUGAUGAAGAUGAAGAUGUUAGUGGGAUGGGAACUGUUGUUGUAAGAUCGCCAAGAGGAUCUCAGCCCUCCUCUCUGUUCAGCAACCAAAGUUCCAUGUCUAGCAGCACACUUGCCUCUUUCGAAGAUGGUUCAAUCAGUGGCACUGUUGUUUAUCGUGGGCAGCACGACGAUUCAGAUUCUCCCAGAACUCCAAAGUCUAGGCUUGGACUUCAAGAAAGAACUUCUAGUGCAGCUGUUGAAGACAGUGAAUUGAACCUUGCUGAGGCUAAGGCUGCAAUUCAGGGAGGAAGAAAAGGAAACGUUAGGGAAAGGUCUGGAUUGAGCAAGGUUAACAGAGAUGUGCAAGAAAGCAGAAGAGCGGAGCAACCAACAACAAGUUCUGAUUCAUCAAGACAUUCUUGUGAUUAUUUUGAUGCUCAAAAAGCAUUUUCAAGUUCGCGCUAUACAAGUGAUGAUGAGGACAAUGCAAGGAGUUCUGCAGCAGCUCUGUCUGCCCCAUUAUCCGUCCUUCUAAUCCCUUCUCUUAAAGAUGCAAUUGCUGAUGAUUCAGAAGGAUCAGUCUUUCGGACGGUGGCGAACUCUUUAAUGGACAUGGAACGUGUUAAGCCUGGGUCUUCUGAACUACUUGUCACCAAGUUGCUUCAGCGACUGGCGAGUUCAAAGGAAGGGUCCCUGAAGGACCUACAAGAGCUGGCAGCUAGGAUUUUCGGAAAGGGCAAGGCGGAACUACCAGCUACAAACACAGAAGCUGAUAGCAAGAAAAAGCAGCAGAAUAAGGAUCACCAUUCAAAUGCCAAUAUGAGCCCACUUGCUAGGUUCUUGCUCUCAAGAUGGCAAGGCCAUGUCUCCCGGGAUCUAAAUUCUUGAAAAGUGAGGUUGGAUAAUAUUUUUUGUUAUAUUUGUGUUGCUGUUGUUCGAGUUAAAAUGAGUCAAUGUACAUAUCAUCCAAGGAAACUGUAAUUUAUAGCCUUGGUAAUUUUUGUUAUACAAUUUUCAUGUUAUUUUCUUCCUUCGCAACUUAAAAGGUCUCGGACAAUUGGUCUGUAGUUUGCCUUGUAUCGCUAGAGUGAAACAAGAAACUGUAUCUAUCAAGGUCAUUGUACGUUGUAUGAAUUUUACUGAUUCAAAUUGUGGCCAAAUUAUUUGAAAUCUCUAGAUUAGGAUGAA